GUUUUAUUCAUCAUUGAGGACAAAUCUGUGAGACAGGGGGAACUGAGAAGUGUUCAUCUUAGAUCUUCUGGUUUCAGCAAUGACACAGAGAGGCAAAACUGAAAGUGCUAUCCAAAAAGAGUUUCAACAGGUUUCAAGGAGGAGAGGAACGCCUUAAACAUGCCUGAAAAACAAACCACUGAUCCAACUCCGACGCCCAGUCCUCCAGAACCUGUGCCCCUGAGGAACGCUUACUCAAUGUUUAUACCUCCCAACUUUAAGAACCAAAGUCAAAAAAAUCUCCAGAGUCCCCAGAUAUCCUUGGUUCCAAAUCCUGGAGUCCCCGGAUAUCCUCCGUUCCCAAAUCCUGGAGUCCCCGGACAUCCUCCGUUCCCAAAUCCUGGAGUCCCUGGACAUCCUCCGUUCCCAAAUCCUGGAGUCCCCGGACAUCCUCCGUUCCCAAAUCCUGGAGUCCCUGGACCUCUUCCCCCGAGGCCACAGGGGGACUUUGAAAGCACAGAGGAAACAACGAAAUCCAAACUGAACAAGCUGUUCGGUGAUGCUUUUUCUAAAAUGAAAAGAAAGUCAAAAAAUCACACAAGGAGAUAA